AUGGAAGAAGAAAGGUUCAAGGCUGAAAUCUUUCAUGUGACACAGCAAGUUUGUAAUAAUACCGCUGCUGAAUUAAGAGACUCGGAAUCUCGAAAUGUAAUCGUAGACGAACUUUUCUGCGUUGGAGUGACUGAAAUGGUUUGGGAACAGAUUCGCGUGUUGGCCAAAGACAUUGAGGAUUUCGCAGAGCAUGCUAGUCGUAAAACUGUUCAACCUCAGGAUGUUGUUUUGUGUUGUCGACGUAACGAAGGAUUGCAUGAAAUGAUGAACGAUUACCAAAAAGAGAUUAUUAAGUCGAGAAAGAAAAGGAAAGAAAAUUCUCCUUAA